AUAUUCUCUAAGUCAGGUUCCUUGUAAACAAAUUCAAGUUUGGACCAUUUUUAACUAUCUUUACCAAAACUUUAACCGUUUUUCCUUGUUUAAAUAAGUAAGCAAACGUCAAUUUUUAAUUACCUUAAAACUUCAAUUAUGAAUGAUUCCGGAAAUUCCAAUAACCGGAAGUAGUUGUUGUUGUUCGUUCGUCACAGUUGGAAAUGGAAAAUGAAAGUUAAACUUAAAAUGCCGUCCCGGUUGAAGCCGGUCAACAGCCUGACAGAGUCACGGUCAACCCUUGACUGGCUAGGGUUUAUCCUGGUGAAGCCCCGCCAUAGCAACGGUUGUCACAGCUGGACUGCUGUUGCCACAUGGAGGUGGGUUGCUAACGACGACAACUGUGGUAUCUGUCGCAUGGCAUUCGAUGGUUGCUGUCCAGACUGUAAACUUCCAGGGGACGACUGCCCUCUAGUUUGGGGUGAAUGCUCGCAUUGUUUCCACAUCCACUGCAUUGUGAAGUGGCUCAACUCCCAGCAAGUCAACCAGCUGUGCCCAAUGUGUCGACAGGACUGGAAGUUCAAAGAGUAGUGCUUGAUGGAAUUAUAUAUGAGAUUAUCAGUC